UUUACUUUUUUAUUCUCUGUUCCUUAGUUAGGUUAAGUUAGACCAAAACCACAAUAAAAAUAUUACAAUAGUAGAUAAUAAUAUUGAAAUAUGAAAAAAGCUUUAAAUUAUUUUUUAUUUUGCCGCCGUUUUAGUUUAUCCUCCACAUCCAGUAAAAAAGUUCAACCAAACUCAAAAGUAAAAGGUAGUUCAUAUGAGUGGCUUUCCAGACAGCUCUCAGAUCCAUUUGUCGAGAGAGCCAAGAGACACAACUAUCGCUGCAGAAGUGCUUUCAAAUUAAUAGAAAUAGAUGACAAGUUUAAAAUAAUGAAACCAGGUGACACAGUCAUUGACUGUGGAGCAUCUCCAGGCUCUUGGACACAAGUUGCUGUUCAAAGGGUUAACUCAGAUGGGUUCAAAAAGACUGAACCUCAGGGAAUUGUAGUGGCCAUAGAUCGACAACUUAUAUAUCCCAUUGAGGGUGCCACAAUUUUUGGAAACAGUGAUUUUACGGACCCAAACUGUCAAGAGAGGCUUCUUAAUUUUCUUAAUGGUAGGACAGUAGAUUCAGUAAUAUCCGAUAUGGCUCCAAAUGCUACAGGAGUAAAAGUCUUAGAUACUGAAAACAUUAUAAAAUUAUGUUAUUCUGCACUUAAAUUUGCUUUAAAGAUAUCCAAUGAAGGAGGUAGUGUCCUUGUAAAAUUGUGGCAAUGUGGCCAAACAAAGCAGUUGCAAACUGAUAUGGAGAGGUUCUAUGAAAAUGUAAGAGUUGUCAAACCUAGUGCUAGUAGAGCAGAUUCAGCGGAGAUUUUCUUAUUAGCUAGGGGGUUCAAAGGCUUGAAAACAGAUCAAAAAGGGAGCUGACACAAAUUUAUAUAAUGAUUUUUUUAGGACUAUGUAACAGUUGCAUAUUAUAUAAGAGCUUUAUUUUUUAAA